UAUCAAAAUAAUUUAUACUUGAUAUAAGAUAACUCUAUAUUGUAUUGGUUGGACAACCAGGAUAAGAAAAAUACAUCCAAUAAAACCAUAACUUGUAUAUAGGGCCAAGUGAGCACAAGUAAGUGUAAAUAAUACGAUUUUUCAAAUUCGUUGCUUGAUCAAAAUCUGUUUAUCCACCUUUUAGACCUUAAAUGUUACAGUUAUCAACUUUUCUCUUCUGGUGUUGUUUAUUUAAGAUAAAAAUCUCUUAACAAGUAAAUAAACAAAUAUAAAACCACAGGGAUUUGUGAGAUUGUAAAAAAAACACACACACAGUCUUUAGCAACAAAAAUAACAACACCGUUAACCCUUAGUCAUGCAGGACACGAUUGAUUAUGCCCUUGCGACCAGUGCAGAUCAUGAUCAGCCUGCACAUCCGUGCAGUCUGAUCAUGACCUGUACUGAUCGCCAUUAUGUCAGUAUCUUUUUGGUAUGCAUCCCUUUUAACAAGUAAAGGCCCUGUUCAAAUUGAAAGAUGGACAAGUUCGUUAUAGAAAUUUAGCAGGGUAAGGAUUAACAACAAGGACAAUGAGAACAACGAUAAUAAAUAAAACAGAAAGAGUUCUGCUAUAGUAACAUUUAAUGAUAAUAAUUAUGAUGAUGAUGAUUGCUAUGGGAAUCUUAAUAUCAAGAGUCUGUAUCACGACCCUGUGAGGAAAAUAUGUUGAUAAUUUACUUUAAUCACUGAACAAAUCCGAAAAACAAUGGAGUGGUGUACUUAGAUAUCAACGAACUUACAAACAUUGACUUUUAAGAAUUAACAUUACAUUAAUUGCGGACUUUACGGAUUCAGAAGAUUAACAUUAUAGUGUUUCCGACGCGAUGCAGCAAUCACACAGUAUAUCAAAUAUAAGUGAUGCAAUCAGAAGUCAUAUACACAGAGAUUCUUUCAGCGGGCUGGGGCGACACCUAUUCUCACCAAGCAGGGCAAAUGAUCUUCCGAUGAAAAAUGCCGAUUUUGCCAGCGUCUCGGCGGCUGUUAUCCACUUAUUUCAAAAGAAGAAGUUGCAGGAAAAUGAACUUACAACCUUACAAGAAGCCGUCAGGAACCUAAUGACGACUGAAGCGGGUCCUUUGAUGUUCAACUACUAUAAGGACAAACUUUUAAAAAAGGGGAUGGUUAUAUUGAGAGAAAAGAUCAAGCAUGAAACAGGACAAACGCUGUUAACAAAGUUGGGAGAACAGUGGAAUUUUUUCUACAAAGAAAUCUUGCCAGUGUUGCAAGCACUCUUGUAUCCUGUGAAAGCGAAAACGUUAGCAAUAAGAGAGGUGGCCUUACUGGAGUUUAGAAACACCGUGCUCCUCAAAUUACCUGUUAAAGAAGCUUUGCAAGAGUCAUCACAAUCUGGGCCAGUAUCGCCUGCUGUACAACAGAUGUUGUUAGUUCUGCAUGGAGUUCACGAGUACCCAUGCACAGAUAACUCUAUAGAGUUAGAGAAACUGGUUGCCAGAGUUACUUCCCCUCAUUUAGGAAUUAUGGGAUUGUAUUCCGGUGGCAGUGAGCCAGAGAUAAGAAGUAAUUUUAAAUCAACACCAGCACAUCCGAUACCUGUAAUACAAUUAUCAGAUGACAACGCUGACUCAGACGAGGAAGUAACAUCAACUGACCAAAGAUUGAAGAGAGAAGGUCUCUCUCCGCAGGCAAAUCGCUUAAAGCAAAAAAGAAGUUCUGGGCUACUACAAAAUCCCAUGUUGGCAGCUGUUAAAGAACAAGACAGGGGUCAGAUGAGGAGAUACAGCAUUGCUACUUCCUGACAGGCUAUCAAAUUGCCGUUGUGUUCCGUACAAUAAGUAUUAACUACUGGUAGAUAGUCCGCUGGAACGUUCAGGAUUGAAUUUAAAGAUGCUCCCAUUUUCAUUCCAUUUGACCAAACAAUGAAAGAUUGAGAGCAACAUCACUAGGAGAGUUGGUCAGUCAGAAACAGAACAUAUCAGAUUAGGAAGAAAAAACUCGCCUUUGUAGUGGGAUACUUCUUCUUUAAAGGUAUUGUUAACAGAGGUAAUACCGAUCGUGCAAUGGACAGCAAGUCUUUCACCGGAACAUGCAGAAAUUGAAUCUACCAUUCAACUCUGCUUGGUUAAACAGUGCAACAUCUAUAGUGACAUUAGCAGGAAGUUUGAAAUACAUGUACAUGUGUUGUUUUGAGUGGUUAUACAGGUCAGGUUGGCCGUUUGUUGUCAGAGGUUAUACGGUGCUACAUUUAACUGAAAGUGUAAUGUUAAGUUGCUUGUGCCAAACAUGAGGAUGUACUUCACAUUUGACAAAUUAAUGAAAAAGACGAAGUACAAGUUGUCACGGAAAUGCGUCAGUGAACAAAUUUUUACUAGGUUUGUUCGUCUGCCGAGGGAUAAAAAGACACACUAAACACCAAUGUAAUCAGUACAGAACGUCUUUAACAAUAUGUGAUUAAGUAAGAACGUCUAGUGGUAAUUGUACGUAAGUAAUUGGAUUACUUAAGGAAAUGAACUGUGUGGUAGUAGAGUGCUCAGGGAUGUUUUGUGUAUAUGACAAACUGGUUGCAUUGCCAAAAUAGCUUGUACUUGUCUACAAAGUAUAUUGAUCUCAUUUUUUCUGUCUGCAGCUUUUUUCAAUUUCCGUUGCUCACUUUUAAGUUUUAUUUGCAACUUUUCAAGUGAUGUUUUGCUGUAAUGUAAUUUUCCAUACAUGCGACAGUUUAUUGGACUGGUGAACACUUCAGCAUAGAAAAACAAGCAUAUUUAUUUAUUUGUAAAUAAUAUCAUAAAUUAUGUAUACAUACGCAUGUUUUUUUUGUUUCAAUCUGGAGUUUUGUAUUUUGGAAUCCAAGACCUUGAUGAACAUAUUUAUGUUGUGCAUCAUGAUAAUGUAUAAAAUCAUUUUUCAGUAAUGGAGACAAAUUCUUUAUGUACAAGACGGAUCCUAUAUUAUGUUUAAGACUUAUAUAUCUCAGUGAUUUGUCGUUGAAUAAAAUCAUUGUUUGGGAGUACAGACGUGAAGGAAUUAUAUCAAGAGGGCACUUAAUACGCAUCUAAACGACAAUAAUUUUAUUCACAGAUACCACAGACGAGAUAGCUCACAUUAUUUGUAAUGACCCUGGAAUCUUGUUCGGUAACUAUACAUGUAUUAUAAGGUUACAUCCUAUCCAAGCUAUAGGCAUUUCAAAGGAACACAUGAUAAAAAGAUGAAAAGUAUUUUCCCAAAUGUAAUUAUUUUUAUUUCAGUAUUUUAUAAUUUGACCAGUAAUUGCAAAUAACUAAACUCUUGCCUCAGGUGGUUAUUUUCCUGUCGGAAAGAUUGUAUAUGCCACAGAAGUAACAAGAGCUGUCCGUAAGACAGCGCGCUCGACUUUUCUCAGUGCUUGACUCUGAAUUUGAGCUUUGCCAGUAAAAAAAAAUCCAAGUUAAAAAGGGGCAUAACUCUGUUAAAAUUCAAAUUAUAGUUAUGAGAAUUGUGUCUCCUGGUGUAGACUUUGAUAGUAAAUAACUAUUUUGAGUUUCAGGUCAAAAGCUUUAAUAGUAACAGAGAUAUUUGACUUUAUCCAAAAUUUUAACAAAAGAAAUCUAAGUUAAAAGGGGCAUAACUCUGUCAAAAUUCAAAUCAGAGAUAUGGGGAUUGUUUCUCCUGGUGUAUACUUUGAUGGUAAAUAAGUAUUUUAAGUUUCGAGUCAAAAGCUUUGAUAGUAACAGAUAUUUGACUUUAUCAAAAACUUUAACUAAAAAUUCUAAGUUAAAAAGGGGCAUAAUUUUGUCAAAUUCAAACCAGGGUUAUAGGAAUUGUGUCUCCUGGUGUAGAUUUUGAUAGUUAAUAACUAUUAUGAGUUUCAAGUCAAAAUCUUUAAUAGUAACAGAGAUAUUUGACUUUAUCAAAAAUUUUAACAAAAUUUCUAAGUUAAAAAGGGGCAUAACUCUGUCAAAAUUCAAUUCAGUGUUAUGGGGAUUGUUUCUCCUGGUGUAGACUUUGAUAGUAAAUAAGUAUUUUAAGUUUCAAGUCAAUAGCUUUGAUAGUAACAGAGAUAUUUGACUAUCAAAAACUUUAACCAAAAAUUCUAAGUUAAAAAGGGGCAUAAUUCUGUCAAAAUUCAAACCAGAGUUAUGGGCAUUGUUUCUCCUGGUGUAGACUUUGAUAGUAAAUAACUAUUUUAAGUUUCAAGUCAAUAGCUUUGAUAGUAACAGAGAUAUUUGACUUUAUCAAAAACUUUAACCAAAAAUUCUAAGUUAAAAAGGGGCAUAAUUCUGUCAAAAUUCAAAUCAGUGUUAUGGGGAUUGUUUCUCCUGGUGUAGACUUUGAUAAUAAAUAACUAUUUUAAGUUUCAAGUCAAUAGCUUUGAUAGUAACAGAGAUAUUUGACUUUAUAAAAAACUUUAACUAAUGACGACGCCGACGCUGGGGCGAGUGCAAUAGCUCUACAUUUUCUUCGAAAAGUCGAGCUAAAAACUACAUUUAUUUUUAUAGCUCUUUGUAUGUACCAAUUUACCACAUAGGGCUAUCUCGAACGCAUGACUGGUACACAUAGCUGUUUCGCUAGUCACGUGUACAGAAUUGAUGCGCAAUUGCCUGAAUAAAAUGAGUGCAAAUUGGUGUACAGGGUCAAAGAAGGCGAAUGGAAUUGUUCCCAUUUUUUAGAUUAAUGUCUAAGGGAGACAACUGAGAAAAUAAAUUAACACCACACCGAUUAGGUUGCAAGAACUGUAUUUUUUCUGAUUGAAUCAUUGACACAGAUAACAGUGUGAGCUUAUUCACUGAUAAAUAAAACUUAAAAUUUCUAUAAUAAUGUGAAAUGUACCAUGCAGAUGGGUACGAUGUGUUGUAAACAGGAUUUGGUAUCAUAGUAUCCCACAUGAUGUAACUAUUUUCAUCUCCCUAAAAGGUAGGGUAUAUGACCUUUCAACUGGUAGAUUCCUAACAUGACAUCCUGAGCUGGAAGCAUAGUAUUCAGAUGUAGGUUUGAAAGUACAUCAUGUUACCUGCUGUAACAUGGGAGAAAUUUUAUUUACUGUUUUAAUUAUCUUAAAAGAAUAAAAGUACAAAAAUG